AUGCCCAGCCGCGAGCUGAGCGGCGCUUUCCUGUUCCAGUCCCCAACGCCGGUCAAGAACGGUGGCGGCGCGGGCAGCCCAGCCAUCGCCUUUGGCUUUGCAGCCGUGGCCCCGCCCGGCCUGCCGCUGUCGCCGGGGGAGCAGCUGCUGCAGUUUGCGGCGGCGCAGCAGCAGCCGCAGCAGGUGUUGCUGGCUGACGGGCCGCAGUCGCUGUGCCUGGAGGCGUACCGCCAGUACCUGCAGCAGAGCGCGGCCCAGCAGGCGGCCCAGCAGGGACAGCGGGCGCAGCAGGGGCGCACCAACCAAGGUGGUCGGGGGCGAGGAAGGGGCCGGCGCUCGGCAGGCAAGCAGCAGCAGCAGCAGCAGCAGCAGCAGCAGCAGCAGCAGCAGCAGCAGCAGCAGCAGCAGCAGCAGGAGUCCCUGCAGACUGUUCAACCGCAGCAGUUUGGGCUGCCAUCAGCGCGGCCCCCACCAAGCGCGCCGCGAGGCGAGGCUGCGGCCCCCGCAGCUGCCCCCUCUAAAGCGCCGGGCAUAGCCGGCUACGCGCCCAGCGACAGCCGCGUGGGCCUUGAGCUGCGCAGCGUCGCUGCUGACGCCGCGGUCGCCAGGGUGGACGCGUCUGUGCUGGCAGAGCUGCGCCGCUGCCAGCCCGCGGCAAGGGCGCCCCGGCCACAGCCCCAGGAGUCAGACCUGGGGGCCGGCGCGCGCCUGCGCUGCCCCUGCGGCGGCGCCGCCACUGACGCCGGCUCGCCGCUGGUGCGCUGCACGUGCUGCGGCGUGCUGCAGCAUCUUGCUUGCGUCGCGGCCGGCCGAGUGGGCGGCGGCGGCGGUGGGGACGCAGGCGCAGCGGCGGGGCUCCUGACGGCGGCUACGAGUGAUGUUCGGGGAGGGACCGGCUCUGAGGCGCCCAUGUAUCAUGUCGUGGACCUGGGCACGGUCGCUCGCGAGGGGACUGCGGCCGACCAGGACCCCCGCGCCUCCGUGCAGGCGGUUGAGGGCGCUGGGGCGCGGGACUCGGACGAGUUUGCGGGCCACCACGCGUGCGAGGCGUGCAGGGCCGAGCUGUCCGACCCCUUUUGGGCGCUCCUGCCGCCGCUCCUCCUGCCGCCCCGCAUUCUGCGGCCCUGGCAGCGCCCAGCGGCUGCGGGCGCUGCGCCGGCGGCCGGCCCUGAGGUGGUGGCCGGGCUGCAGGCUGUGGGGGAGUCCUUUGAGCUGCCAGCCCACCCCACCAUAGUCACCCGCCUCUCAUCUUCUCCGCCGCCCGCGGCCGCAGCGCCCGACGGCCGCGGCGGGGCGUCGCCCGCCGCGGGCGGCGGCGCCGGCGGGGCCGUCGGGGCUGGGGCGGGGCUGUGGCCGCGCUACGAUGUGCUGGUGGGGUGCCUGCGGCUGGGCGGUGACACGCCCUCGUGCCGGCUGAGGUGGCCCGCGCACACCCUGCUCAAGGCGAGCCCUGGGCUCAGGGGCGUGGGAGGCAUGGGAGAGGGCGAGGGCGGUAAGGGACGACAGCAAGCUCGCAUGUAG